UGUAUAUAUAGUUUUCUUUUAAAGAGUUGUCGGUUUAAGAAUAAACCAUACAAAUCAAUCCAAUUGAAAGAUAAACACUCUUUAAAAAUCGAUGUAAGUAUAUAAGGUAUUGAUUUUUAGACAUGUAUUAACAAUAUUCAAACCAAAUGUUUUGGUACAUCUCCCAAAAUGUUUGUGAUAAUGAGUUGUUAAUACGAUUAUAAAGUCAUCAUGAAGUAAAUAAACAUUACAAAAUAUGAUAUAGGUCCAUCAUUCGUCACUUUUUCAAACUUUUUUUCCUCACCAAUGAAUACAUACCUAUUGAUUUAUUCAAAUAAUAAAUUGGUAUAAAAGAGCAUGGUACACGGAACCUGCCAAAUAUUUGUCGCAUCGUAGAUUUAUAUAACGUUGUAUAAACAAUUGGUACAACUUUGGAUUUUUUUUUGUUUAAAAUCUUCCUGGUUUAUUGCCUAUAUAAAAACCGACUACACAAAAUUAUUAGAGAGCAAAAAAGACAGUUCUACUUACAUAUAAUCUAUAUGUUUUCAGUUUAAUUUUCAUAUGAGUAUGUCAGGACGAAAAUUAUUAUUGUUUAUUUCAUUAUCAAUUGUAGAACUUCCGGUAGAAGCUAGUCAUUUUAGAGGCGGCACUAUUAGCUGGAAACCUACUGGAAAUGGAAAUGAGGUACGUUUUUCCUUUAAACUUGGAUGGACAUAUGGAGGUGGUCCGGGUUGUACCCCAAAUAAAGUAGGACAGCUUGUUACUGGACAGAGUUCACAGUACUGGAAAUGCACCAGUGGUUGUAGCGGAACUGUAAAUCUCGCGAACAUAAACUAUAUAUGUACAGGUGCAAGUGUAAGCGAUAACUGGGAACAAGGAGAAAAUACCUUUACGUACACAUUUCCUGGAAUUGGGCCCUACACUGUUGAAUUCACCGGUGGUGCUUGGGUUUCGUUGGAUUUUGGAAGCGCCGGAAGUUGGUCCGUGGGAACUGUAGUUUACUUAGCAAAUCGUAGUGAUACUCAUACCAAGAACAAAAGUCCAGUCACGACCGGGAAACCAAUGUAUACAAUUCAAUAUGGAUGCCAGGCCACGAUACGUAUUCCGGUUGUUGAUGACGAUGGGGACACCGUUAGGUGUCGCUGGUCGACAGGGUCAGAGUGCGUCUCUAUCUGUAAUGCACUACCGUCAGCGACGAUUGAUAGUAAUACCUGCACAAUAUCAUUUCCAGCAAAUCACACAUCAAAUGGGAAAUAUGCGGUCGCAGUUUCGGUAGAGGACUAUCCGAAGUCCACCAUAACUAUUGGAUCCGAGGUUUAUACCACAAGUACUAAGAUGUCGACAGUUAAUUUGCAGUUUUUAGUACAGACACCAUCUGUAUCAGGAAAUUGUAACGACAAGCCACGUUUUAUAAGUCCAACUCCAGCGCAAGGUUCUACCAUUCAAACAAACAUUUUGCAGAUCUUUCAUCUCUCUUUCUACGUCACCAAUACCAGAAGUAUUACAAAGGUAGAUAUCACCUCACCUGCUGGAAUGACGUAUACCUCACUCCAAUCUGUACCUUCUCAACCUGGGAGUGUGUUUGUCACUACAACAUGGACGCCACAGCAAAACCAAGUAGGAAUCCACAUUGUUUGCGCUUUGGCAGAGGACUCCAUAGGGAAAACAAGUGAAUCACGAUGCAUCAACAUUAAUGUAAACGACGUAAGUCCUUGUUUGAGUGGGCCUUGUCAGAACAAUGGAACGUGUGUUCGAAAUGGUAUGACGUGUACAUGUGUCCCCGGAUUCACGGGCCGAUUUUGUGAAAUAGAUAUUAAUGAAUGUUCAAGUAGGCCUUGUCAAAAUGGCGGAACGUGCCUUGACCUGAUCAACAGAUUUGAAUGUCAAUGUGUGCCUGGAUAUACUGGAACACAAUGUGAAAUUGACAUAAAUGAAUGCGCCAGCAACCCAUGUGAGAACCAAGCUACAUGUAAUGAUCUUGUCAACUUCUUCAACUGCACCUGUCUUCCUGGGUUCACAGGUGACCGUUGUCAAAUAGAUAUAAAUGAGUGCGAACCCGGCCCAUGCAUAUUUCUGUUUGAUUGUGAAGAUCGUAUCAAUGAGUACCAUUGUAACCUGAUAGAGUGGAAACUUGCUCUGAUUAUUUUAACUUUUGUAAUGUUGAGUCUGUUUGUCAUAUGCGUUUUUACCUAUAUUUUCAAAAGAAAAACAUACAAAGAUAUAGAUCACAGUUGGUUGGCGAAUUUUGUUGAUAUCCAGCAAUCUGAUAUGCAGUCUAAAGCUCUCUUUAAUCGAAAAAUUCCAUUCAGGAGGUUCUGAACACAUCACAACACACUGACUAAAAUGCACUUUUUGAAGUACAUGGAAUCAAUACGCUAAAAAAUAAUUUAAAAUGCCAUAUGGAUAAACAGCUGAAAUAAAGUAUAAUUUUUAAGAUAUUUACCUGUUGUUUUAUGUACAUGUAACUUAUUAAAGAAAAUCAUGUUUUGCAUAAUUGUUAUUGUGACAGUCGUUUGUUGAUAUUUUUUAAUUGUUGAUCAAAUAUAUAGAGUAAUAUCAUCAAUUAUAACUUGAGAACAAGUGAUAAGUCGUAACCCGUGAAAGUCCUUGCAUAACGAAGUAUUUCAUUUUAUGGCUUAUUAUUUCUUAGUAAAGUCAUAAUAUAUCGUAAGCUUUCAUUACAAGUACCACACAGUGUUUUCGUAUUUUAGAUUUUCAUUUAGAAAUUCAUAAUGAAAAAAGUGUUUCAUUGAUCUAACUAGAGGCAUUA